CCGUUGCCCAGAUCGGAACAGACUUUUCUUGGAUCUCCGUUAAUACUCAAAAUAGCUCAUCCAAAUGUCUCAAGAGAAACCCAGAUCUAUGGAGGACCGCAGGAGGAGCAGCAUAAGCUAUCCAGUUGAGAAAAAGAAAUAUUUGAUACCUACAGAAAAAAGUGGCGAUAUAACUGUUCAUGUUCAGGGAGAUAUUUCUCAGCAGGAUAAAAGAGCAACAUUUCUUACAGUUCAUGACUUAGGCUGCAAUCAUUAUGCCAUAGAGGAUUUCAUAAAUAAGCCAUGCAUGAAUGAAAUAAAAGAUAGAUCAAUUUUCAUACACAUUGAUGCUCCUGGGCAUGAAGAUAAUGCGGAAGCAUUGCCUGAAUCAAAAUUCCCUACUCUUCAAACACUUGGUGAGGACCUUGUUACAGUUUUGGACUUUCUGCAUGUUAAAUAUGUCGUAGGUUUAGGAGAAGGAGCAGGUGCUAAUGUCAUAGCUAGGUUUGGAAUAGCAAAUCCUAGCAGAACAUUGGGGCUUAUAUUAAUUAACUGCACAGGUUCUUCUACAUCAGUAAAAGAAAAUUUUAGAGCUAAGUUCGUCAAUUGGAAAGGAAAGGAAGGAAGCGUCAGCCAAUCGGCUUCAGAUUAUUUGGUGUUUCACAAAUUUGGACAUCAAUUAAUGAAAGAAAUCAAUGAAGACAAAGAAAAGGUCGUUGAUGAUUUUCUACAUAAACUGAGAGGAUCAAUAAACUUACAGAAUGUAAAACAUUAUGUUAAUGCAUUUUUGAACCGAACCGACCUGCCAUUGAAAAAUUAUAAAGGAGAUGUCCUAUUGAUAACUGGUUCGAAGGGUUCGUAUGCAAAUGUUGUAGAAAAACUCUACAAAGAGUUGGAUAAAAAACAAACAACUUUACUCAGAAUAGAAAAUGCAGGAGAUGUAUUAUCUGACAUGCCCGGAAAGGUAGCACAGAGCAUUCUUCUAUUCUGCAAAGGGCAAGGUAUCCUCACAUCAGUAACAUUACCAGGAAUCGAGAGGCAAAGAACCUUCUCAGGAUGCACCUUUGAUGGAGAAAACAGGAGAAAGUUCUUCAGAGGAAUGAGCAUGGAGGAGUAUGAUAAACCAAAUAUCCGAAGGUUUUCCCUCUCACCAUCCCUAUCUACAGAAUCAAAAUAAAUUAAAACAUAAAAAUGUUGAAAGAUGUAAAGAACUUGGUAUUUAUUACAGUAGUGACGUUUGCUAUGUAAUGCUCACCACAUCAAAAUAUUUAAUAUUCAUGACUGAAUAUUUUUUAAUCAGUUUAUUUUUGAUAACUAUUUUGUAAGAUAACUUUUGUUAUACAUACCUAUUUGCAACUAUACUAGACUAAAUGUCAAAAAUAUAUUAAUAAAAAAGACUCCCCU